AUGGGGAUCUCGGAGGCGCCCGCCGACCCGACGAGCGCUGACGCCGUCGACUUCUCGUCCACGAACCCCUACUCGCUCCACAAGACCGUGCACGCGCGCCGUUCCGAAUACGUCCGCCGCCAUCGUGUCCGCAUAAAGGUGGGCACAUGGAAUGUCGCCGCGUGCCCCGGCACCGAUAAGGACCUUGCUCGCUGGUUCGUGGACGGCGAAGGCCUUGACCCCGCCCUCGGGUCGGCGGAGCCGCCGAACAAUGGCGGGGCGGGAGGAGACAAGGAUCUGGAUGGCUCGCCGGACGAGAAGCCGAUACAACUCGUGGAAAGCGGCAGGAUCGGGCUCUAUGUCCUGGGACUCCAGGAGGUUAAUGUCCUCUCGGCCCCGGGCCAGUACAUGACCUGGAUCUACGCCGCAGACACCGCGAUAGCUGACAAAUGGAAGGCGGCCAUGGAGGCGGCUUUGCCGGACGGCUUUCGGCUCAUAGCCGCAGAGCAACUGGCGGGAAUGCUGCUGCUCGCCUACGCUGCGCCUGAGCUCGCCCCCACCAUCAGCAAUGUCAGCACGACGACCGUCGCGACUGGCGCUCUGGGGUACCUGGGUAACAAGGGCGCCGUGUGCGCCCGCCUCGUCUUAGGAGAGACUACCCAGCUGUUGUUCGUCAACAGCCACCUGGCAAGCGGAGUCGAGGACUACUACUUGGAGAGGCGGACAAACCAGAUCCAGCAAAUAGUGGCCCAGGCUCGCUUCGCCCCCAUUUCCAUUGCUGGCGUUUCCGAGGACGAAAAAGGCAAGAUUGGUGACGAGGACUUCGCAUUUUGGUUUGGCGACCUGAACUUCCGCCUCGACCGUCUGCCUGGCGACGAUAUCCGGCGACUGCUGUUGCUCCACACACGGGGUGAGUAUGACUUGUCGAAACCAGCACUACACCGCGAAAGCUCGCUUGAGGGCGAGCCGAUCGUGGUCGAUAGCCUGUCGUCCUCCAGCGACGAUGAUGUGAACCCGGAACUUGUCGAGCCGGUUGUUGAGGAACAAGCGCAAGACAAGGCCGGAGACAAAGCCGCCGGCGCCGUGGAUGCCGAUGAGGACUCGCUGGCGCUCCCGGACCCCGACGAAGUCCCUCCGGAUCCCCAUGAUGACCCCGCCUCCCUUCAGUCCACGCUGGACUCCCUUCUUCCGCAUGAUCAGCUCAGGCGCCUGAUCAAGGAACGCAGGGUUCUGCACGACGGUUGGAGAGAAGGCCCCAUCAGCUUUCUGCCGACCUACAAGUAUGAUGUUGGGACCGUCGCGCUGUUCGACUCCAGCGAGAAGCGUCGCCCGCCUAGCUGGUGCGACCGGAUCCUGUACCGCACGCGAAGGGAUCUGGAAGAAUAUCAACGUAGGGUUAAGGAAGAGGAGGAGUCACGCAGGAAGGAUGAGGAGAUGAAGGCCCGCGGCAUGGAUGAAGCCGCUGAUGAUGACGUCCUGUUUUCCUACGACCCCGAUAUCGACGGCGAGGAUCAACCAAGCUCGGCUGGCGUCGAGUACGACGCCUAUGAUGCAGACGAGGACGGAGGCGGCGGGCAGCUUUCUCACCACAGCAAGGAAGAGAGGAUACGCCUCGAUCUUUACACCUCUCACCAGCGAAUUACCUCGUCGGACCACAAGCCUGUCAGUUCCAUUUUCACGCUUGAUUACGACGCUGUCGUGCCGGAACUGAAAGCAAAGGUGCAUGCCGAGGUUGCGCGAGAGCUCGACCGGGCAGAGAAUGAGGGGCGACCAGGCAUAACCAUUGUCGUAGACCAUCACGAUCCCCGACGGGCCUUGAGACAAGAUAACUCGGGGUCUUCUGUUCAUGUAGACUUCGGGGAAAUCCGGUUCCUACAGAAGGAGACAUCGUCACUGACUCUGGCAAACACUGGCCGGACCCCCGCGAUACUCUCCUUUGUCGAGAAGCCAGCAGGCGACGACUCGGAGGCGGAGGAGCCCAGCCAAUUCCAGUGGCUGACGGCAUCCUUCGUGCGCUCAGAACCUGCCGAGGACAGUUCGGAGGCUUUCGACCUCGGCAAGGAGGUGACACUGGAGCCCGGCGAGACGGUAAACGCUGAGCUCAGUGCCCUGGUUGACGAUAUCUCCCUCGCCCGGAUGCUCAACGAGGGGCAAGCAGCCCUCGAAGAGGUCCUUAUUCUUCGGGUAGCCGACGGUCGAGAUUACUUCAUCCCGGUACGAGCCUCCUGGGCGCCCACCUGCGUCGGCCGCUCCGUUGUGGAACUUAUUGGUGUGCCCAACGGCGGGAUACGGCCGUUUGUUAAACGCCUAUCGACGGAACGAGGGAUAACUGGUUCCAUCCCCUACGACCUCCCCGUGCAGCAGCCGGUGCCCAAGGAGCUGUUGCAACUGACCGACGCCAUCGAGGCCCUCACCCAGCGCGCGCUGGCCGACGCCCAAAUGCUCGAACACUGCGCCGUCCCGGAGGAUCCAGGCUGGCCGUUCGACGAAGCCACUUGCAAGUCCACCGACACGGACACGCGAACCGCGCACAUCGUCGCCAUCCUCGACGCCCUCGACCAGGACAAGCCAAUCCAACCCACCUUCGCCCCCGAAACGCCCUCCCUCGAGCGCCUCGAGGCCGUCGCCCAGACCCUCGUGCUCUUCCUCCGCGGCCUCACAGACGGCAUCAUCCCCGCCCCCGUCUGGCACCGCAUCGAGCAGGCCGCUGCCACGUCGUCCAUCCCCUCCCUCGCCGCGAACCCCAACAGCAACAGCACCGACUCACCAUUACAACUUCAAGACAACCCCACCGCCGACGAGGACCGCGCCACAAUCCUCGACAUCCUCCAGUCCAACCCGCACCACAACAUCGCCUUCGUCUUCCUCACCACCACCCUCGCGCGCGUCGUCGCCGACCUGGCGCCGCUCUCCAAGACCGAGCUGGAUCUAGCCAGGCAGGAUCCUUCCUCCUCCUCCUCAAAUCCCUCCCCAUCUUCGCCCUCCUCCUCCUCCUCCUCCUCCGCAGCACCCGGCACCUCAGCAAGAGGUCUAGGCGGGGUCCUCGCCGCCGGGGCGGGCGCGGCGAGGAGGGGCUUCGGGUUCGGCAGGCGCAGCACGAAUGCCAGUGCUGCCGUGCUGGAGGCGGCCGCGGCCGUGGGGCGGAGGCGGGCGAGGGAGAGGCGUGUGGCGGAGGUGUUUGCGGAGAUUGUGUGUCGCGAUGGUGGCGGUGGUGGGGGGGAGGCGGGUGGUAAGGCACGGGAGAAGGAGAGGAGGGCGGUCGCGGAGAGGAAGAGGAGGGUUUUGGAGCUGUUUUUGAGGCGCCGUGGGGACCCGCUCCAAGGCGGGUGCUCGCUCUCCCCAUGA